AAGAGCGAGGGAGAGGGGGGAGGAGACGCCAUGAGGGCAGAGAACGCAGGAAGUUCUACUUCUAAGAGACUGAUCAUCACUCAUAUGACUCUUGAGAACUUCAAGAGCUAUGCUGGAAUCCAGGAGAUUGGUCCUUUCCACAAGAAAUUCUCUUCUGUUGUUGGACCAAAUGGAAGUGGAAAGAGCAAUGUCAUCGACGCCAUGUUGUUUGUCUUCGGCAAGAGGGCUAAGCAGCUUCGAUUGAACAAGGUUUCGGAGCUCAUCCAUAAGUCAGAGAGUCACAUGAACCUUCAGAGCUGCAAGGUCUCCGUCCACUUUGUUGAGAUCAAGAACGAAGACAAUGGAACGGACGAGUUUGACAUCAUCCCUGGCAGCGAACUAGAAGUCUCUCGUGCGGCCUUCUCGGACAAUUCGAACAAAUACUACAUCAAUGGCCGUUCGAGCAACUACAAGGAGGUUACAAGCCUCCUCAAAGAGAAGGGAAUCGAUCUGGAUCACAACAGGUUCUUGAUCUUGCAAGGAGAGGUGGAACAGAUAUCUCUCAUGCCCCCAAAAGCUCGCAAUGAGCAUGAGACCGGAAUGCUCGAGUACCUGGAGGACAUCAUCGGUUCAAACAGGCUGAUUGAGGCGAUUGAGUCAGCUGCAAAGGAGGUUGAUGUCUUGAAUGAGGAGAGGGGGCAGAAAGUGAACAAGUUGAAGAUUGUCCAGAAGGAUAGAGACAACUUGGGAAGUGCGAAGGAGGAGGCUGAAGAGUAUCUUAACCAACAGAAGAAAUUGAUCUCCAAGAAAGCCGUUCUGUACCAAAUCCACUUGCAAGAGGCCCAUGAGCAGCAGGUAAAGGAGCAGGAGAAGAAGACAAAGCUUGAAGAGAAGAUUGCAGCUGAGAAGGACAAGUUGGAAGAAUCACAGAAGCGCGUUGAGGAGAUGACCACCGAGUACAAUAAGGAGAAGGAGGGUUAUGAGCAAUUAGAGGCUGAGCUCCGACAAAGCAAAGAGGAAUUUUCUGUUUUCGAAAGGAAGGAUGUCAAGUACAAAGAGGACAUCAAGCACUUGAAAGCCAAAGAGAAGAAGUUGAGAGAGACUGCAGUGAAGGAGAAAGAAAAGGCUGAAAAGGCAAAAGAGUCCAUUUCAAAGCAAGAGAAAUCCAUUGUUGAGGCUGAAAAGACUGUUCAGAGAAUGGAGUCUUUGAUUCCUGGCGAGCAAGAGAUCUUGGACGGCUUGUACGAAGCUACCAAGGAAGAGACCGAAGCUCUUCGUGCUCAGCUUGCCAAGGCUCAGGAGGAGCUGACUCCCUGGAUGCAAAUGACAAAUGAGGCGCAGAGCUCCGUGGACAUUGUUAGAGCCGAGAUUGAGCUUCUUGAAAGCAAAGAGAAGAAAGCCAAGCAGGCCCUGAUGGAGGCUGAGCAGCGCCUCAAGGAGGCUGAGCCCAAACGCAAGGAGAAGCAGAAUAACCUCAAGUCCAAGCAAGCAGCCAUCUCCAAGACCAAGAAAUCGAUCGAAGAAGCUCAGGAGGAACUUGGCUCUCUGGAAGAGCGCGAGAAAUCCCUCAGGGAGUCUGUUCGCUCUGCUCGCACUAAGCUUGAAGAUUCGAAAUCUGCCCAGAAAGCCUCUUCGUCUCAGAGUACCGUCCUCAAGGUCCUCAUGGAAGCCAAGAAGUCUGGAAAGAUUGCCGGCAUUUACGGCAGACUGGGAGACCUCGGAUCCAUUGACGCGAAGUAUGAUGUUGCUAUCUCGACGGCCUGCGGUGCUUUGAAUCACAUCCUCGUCGAGAACACUGCUGUCGCGCAGAGAUGCUGCGACCUGUUGAGGUCAACUGGCGCUGGAGUAUCCACUUUCAUCAUGCUCGACAAGCAGAACCACCUGGCCGACAAGAUGAGGAAGAACGCUGAUGCCUUUCCUGCAGCAAGGCUCUUCGAUCUGGUGCAGCCUCGUGAGGAGAAGUUUCUGCCCGCCUUCUACUUUGCCCUCCGUGACACGCUGGUAGCCUCUGAUCUGGAUGAGGCUAUGCAGAUCGCCUACCAGGGAAAGAGCUCCACUGGAGGAGCCAAGUUCCGUGUGGUGACGCUGGAAGGAGCUUUGAUCGACACUUCGGGAACUAUGUCCGGAGGAGGAGCCAAGGUUGCAAAGGGAGGCAUGUCGUCGGUCCAGAGCGAUCCUGAUGCUCUCUCCGCCAAAGAGAUUGAAAGCCUCGAGAAGAAGCUGGCAAAGGAGAGCGACGAACUGACCAGCUUGAGGACUCGCCAGCAGCUGCUCGAGAAGAGCCUUGAGACCAUGAACAAGGAGUUGAGGCAGUUACAGGCCGACGUGGAGAAACUCGAGCUGGAACUCUCUGAGCUGUCAAAGGAGGAGGCCGAGACCAAGGCCAACAUGGAGGUCUACAAGGCCGAGGCCAAGUCCAACCCUGAAGAUGCAAAGAAGGUCAAGGAACUGAGCAAGGCGCUGUCUCAGAACGAGGACGCCCUGCAGAAGGCGAAGAAGAAGUCGGACGCUGCAGAGGAGAAGUGCAAGGCGAUCCAGGAUGAGAUCAUGAAUGCCGGAGGCGAGAAGUUGAAGAUGCAGAAGAAGAAGGUGGAAGGCAUGACUGCGGCCCUCGAAGAAGCGAACUCGUCCAUUAACAAGGGAAAGGUUUCCUUGAAGUCGCUGGCCAAGACCAUCGAGAAGUCCGAGGCUGCUGCCAAGUCUGCAGAGGAAGAUGCUGACGCGGCUGUGGAGGAGCUGAAGGCGCUCAAGGAGGAGUACAAGGGCAUUGAGGAGGCAGCGAUGAAAGUGAUGGAGGUCUACCAGAAGACUCAGGAGAUGCUGGACCAGAAGAAGGAGCACAUGACUGGGAUCGAGAAAGACUACGAUAAGGUCAAGUCUGCUUUGGCAAAGCUUCGGGCUGCUCAAGUCGACAUCGAGAAUGAGCUUCAGGACGCUGAGAAGGCUCUCAAGGAAGUGUCGGAGAGGUCAAAGCACUGGACUUCCAAGCUGGAGGCCUUGCGUGAGGAGUAUGAGCAAGAGUUUGAGGAGAUGGAGGAGGCGAAGGCAUCGAACGUGGAGGAGAUGGAGGAGGACGAGGAGAAGGACGUGAGCGAAGACGCGAAGAAGGUCUGGGAUUUGACCGCUGAGUCACUUGCCAAGUUCAACAUGAAGAAUCUCAAGUAUGAGAUCACGACCAUCGAGGAAGUUCUUCAGCGCAUGAACCCUAACAUGGGGGCCAUUGCAGAAUGGCGCAAGAAAGACGCAGAGUUCAAGGAGCGGCAGGCGGAGCUUGAUGCUGUGACGGAGAAGAGAGACGCGAUGCGAGGGACGCAUGACAACCUGAGGAAGCAGAGGCUGGACGAGUUCAUGACGGGCUUCAGUAUCAUCUCCAUGCGACUCAAGGAGAUGUACCAAAUGAUCACGCUGGGUGGCGAUGCCGAGCUCGAGCUUGUGGACUCCCUCGAUCCUUUCUCGGAGGGCAUCGUCUUCAGCGUCAGGCCUCCCAAGAAGUCCUGGAAGAACAUCUCCAACCUCUCCGGAGGCGAGAAGACGCUCUCCUCGCUCUCUCUGGUCUUUGCCCUGCAUCACUACAAGCCAACCCCGCUGUACGUCAUGGAUGAGAUCGACGCGGCUCUCGACUUCAAGAACGUCAGCAUCGUUGCCAACUACAUCAAGGAACGGACACAAGACGCCCAGUUCAUUAUCAUCUCUCUUCGCAACAACAUGUUCGAGCUGGCGGACAGGUUGGUCGGCAUCUACAAGACUCAUCACUGCACCAAGAGCGUCACCAUCAACCCUUCCCUGCUUGCUGCUCAUCUGCCCCCUGUCGCCACCGUCGGCGGGAAUGAGUAACUUGUCAAUCAGGGACUUCACUAACUUAAAGUAAACCCUUUGUAACGUU